AUGGCUGACCGCGAUAGUCUUCUGCAUCCGCCUUCAAGCGAGUCGCUUGACUCAAUUCCUCUUCGUCCCAUGACUACAUCUAUAGAUACAAGCACAUCCCCGCCUAAAAAUGCGGUCUACAGUCCAAUAGAGGUUUCAAUCAACCAGCAGACGCUGGCGAGUGAGCAGUGCAGUCACCAAGAGCACGGUCUUGUCCAAGGCUGCACUCAUGGCGUUGAGCAUGACAACUUAAAGACCACUGGGAUCUCAAUUCGAAAGGCUCCUGGCCUUUUGGAUGCGUCCGGGGUUGAAGACAGUGAUGUCGGAGAGGCCAGAAGAGAGUCACUCCCUCGCUCCGCCUUUUCCAACUGGAUGGUCGAGGUCGCCAUGCUCUUCGUUGCUGCUGGGCUCCUUGUCGCCAUCUGCAUCAUUCUCGACAGGCAAAAUGACAACGAAGUGACCACCCUGAAGGGCACUGGGAUCACCCUCAACACGCUCAUAGCCAUUCUUGCGACCAUGUUUCGUGCUAUUCUUGCAUUCAUUGCAUUUGAGCUCAUCGCCCAAUUCAAAUGGGGCUGGAUUUCUAACCGCUUUCGUCCGAUGCGAGAACUCCAGCUGUUUGAUGACGCCUCAAGGGGAGUGUACGGUUCCCUCUGUCUUCUUCCCAGAGUUGCACUUCACCAACCUAUAGCCACUGGAGCUAUCAUGGUGGCCGCCUUGUCCCUCGGCAUUGGACCUUUCAUGCAGCAGGCAAUCCAGCCAUAUCAAUGUCUCCGAGCCACACAAUCGCCGGGCCAGGUGGCAACUAUCCGAGGUGCCAAUACCGUCGAUCUCGGAAUCCUCGAAAGGACAUAUACGAGCACUUCGAAUGGAAUGCAUCUUGGGGUCCGGCUCAAGACAGCAAUGGAGGACUCGCUGAACCGACGAGGCUACCCGCAAAUGAGUCUCAUGUUUGGCAGCAGGUAUUCCAAGAAGUAUAUGGAUAUCCGCACCGUGGGAAAUCUCACAUGGGCUCGAUCCAAGGCCCCGGAUGACUUCCUCAACCGUGCUCGGUGGUCUGUUUCAAACUUCACCGUGCUUGCGGCGUCACGGGAUCGCUGUGACCGCUUACCUGAUGGGAACUUUACGUGCCCUACUUGCAAGAAUGGAGCAUCUGAGGAGGCCUGCCGUUAUUCGACUGUUUAUUUGCAAGGCGAUCGGUCUCCUCUGCAGGUGGACUAUGUUGCGGCUUCCUGCAUACUCUAUCCGUGUAUCAAAUACUAUUCAGCCAAGGUCGAUCGCGGAGUUCUCUUGGAGAACACGAUCCGAGAGGUUCCCCUGCGUCCACAGCAAUUUUUAGCACAGCCAAUUUGGUCUGUAAAUCUCUCCGAUGUCGACGACUGGAAAGGCGUGAAGGAGCCAUGCUACGUCAACGAGACUCUUUAUACUUCAUCAAACAUAUCCACGGCCGACCCGGGGCCAAAUUCAACGACCUCGGUUCAAUUUCACACCGAUAACUGGGCUCGUGAAAGCCCGGAUAGCCUAGCCAGUUAUCAUAAUGUUACCGCUCCUCUUGAAUGCGUCUAUGGGUUGUCUAGGAGGUUUGUAGGCUCCAUUAGAAGACAACUACUGGAUAUGCUCAACGCCAACUGCUCGGUUCCCACGAAAGGGUCUCAGUUAGAAUGUGCGACAUCUGGCUCGAGGCGAUCAUCCCCCGUCGAAGGAAUCUUGCGUCAUUCGUCGACGUCUGUUGAUACCAUCAGGGAGAACGUCGAGUCAAUGGCCAUGCGGAUAACUGCUGAGAUACGGAAAGUUGGGAGGGGAGGCUAUGCGGGCGCAAGCCCUAUGGUAGAGGGAGAGGUCUUGGAGACUAAGUCUUGCGUUCGGGUCGUCUGGGGUUGGCUCGCUCUUCCAAUGGUAAUGUUGAGCCUCUGUGCCAUCCUGUUGGUCUGGACCAUUGUUCAAGACAUGCUCCAGCAGGACUCGACGACUUGGAAGUCAUUGGUCCUUCCUCUGGUGCUUAAAGACUUCCCUGGGAUAGAAACAAUGGGACCAAGGGAGGUGGAUCAAGUAGCCAAGGGGUUUGAGUUGAAGAUUGAGAAGCUCAAGCAAGGAUGA